AGCUGUAGAAUUGUGAAUGACAUGAAACCAUCACAAAUCAAAAUUGCAUCAAAGCGAUCUCUAUCCUUGUAUGCAGGAAAGAUUUGUUAAGCGUAGGCAACAUCUUGUGGGCCCCAACUCUUCCACUCUAAAGGCACUUGAAAUUUUGACAGGAUGCUAUAUUCUUGUUCAGGUACAUUGUUUUCACUUAAAUGAGCAGGGGAACACGGUUGCUGCUAUGGGUUCAUUUAAAGGUCUAAAACAAGUCCGAAGGGUGGUGGAAGACUGUAUACAGAAUAAAAUGCAUCCAGUAUAUCAUAUCAAGACCUUAAUGAUGAAGAGAGAGCUUGCUAGUGAUCCAGCACUUGAAAAUGAGAACUGGGAUAGGUUUCUUCCAAAGCUUAAGAAGAAAAAUGCUAAACAAAAGAAAGUCAAGAGCAAGGAGAAGAAGACAUAUACACCCUUCCCUCCUCCUCAGCCACUUAGCAAGGUGAGUUUGCAACUGGAAAGUGGUGAGUACUUCUUAAGUGAUCAAAAGAAGUUUGCGAAGAAGUGGCAACAUAAGCUGGAGAAGCAGACAGAAAAAACAGCAGAGAACAAAAGAAAAAGAGAAGCUGCAUUUGUUCCUCCCAUGGAACCCGUGACGCAGGAUCCAAGCAAAUCUGCUGAUGACAAGAAUGAUGUGGCUGCAAUGGCCAUGUCGUUAAGGAAAAAGGCAAAGGAGUUUGGGAAGCAAAAAUCUCUUGAGAAUGUCAAUCCUGAAACAUACAUUGCGGCUUCAGGAGAAGCACCCUUGAAGAAGAAACGCAGGCACUCUUAAGUCUUUGAUACAAUGAGUCAAGAGUGAUAGUAUGGGAAGUAGGCUGAGCUUUUUUCCAUGGACCCCCACCCUAGGCUACUAAAUUGUGGCUGAGCCUCAACUUUAUGUUUCUGGAAUCUGCUGGAAAAUUGUCUAGGGUUAUACCCACAAAUUAAUGGGUUUUGGAAACUGUUGUUAAUUUAUAGAAGUAGAAAGUUCAAAAUUUUUUAUAUAUGAAAUGGACUGGAAAAACAUUGGAGAAAUAUCCUUAGCUGUGGUGGACUUCGACAGUUUAUGAAACUUGCAGUUAAUUGGUCUUGUCUUUUA